AUGAUCUGCGGUAACGGAGGAGGAGGCGGUGUCAAUGGAAGUGGAAGCGGAACAAUAUCAACUAGUGGCAGCCGAGGAGCAAGUAACAGCAAUAUUAGCGGAACUAAUGCAAUAGGUUUAACAGUAGCAAAUGCAACUGGUGGAACAACGUUAGGACCGCAUCGUCGCAUAUUGCGAGGUCAUGCUGCACAAACAACAAACGGUGAACGUGUACUUUUAAUUAAUUAUGUAUCACCAAAUGCAUCGGCUGCAACUUCGCCCACAUCCACAUCUAAUACAGUCGCGGCAGUUAAUCCAACAACUUCCCGCAAAAUCCUCCAUUCAAGAGCAACAAAUGUAAGUGGCAUGCAUAGUGCAACGCCAGUUUCAUUUGCUGGCCUCGGCUCUGAGGUCACCGUCACGUUAACACGCUCUGGAAAACCGCCCGCUGGUCAUAUUGUACGAAAUCAAUCGGUUACAGGCACCGAAAUUAUAGAAACGCCUGCUGUUCAUACUGCAUCAUCAUCUCCGCCGCCAUUAGUUUUCUCUCAUUCCCACGCACUACAUCAUGAUCCUCUUGAACUCCAAGAAUCAGAUCUUCACCAGCAGCAUGAUUACCAACACCAAGAACAACAACAACAGCAGCAUCAACAUCAAGAACACCAACAGAUUGUAAUACAUCAAACACAGCAUGAAAGUGAACUAAUUGAAUUCCAAGACACCGAUGUUACUGAACAUCAUUUGCAACAGUUGCAUGAGCAGCAAGAAUGUGUUGGUGGGGAGCAACAGGUCGAAGAGGUCUAUCUCAACUAA